AUGGGCCGAGACGAGAGCGAGAGACACGGACCCGCGCUGCUUAACGGAGAGAGGACCCCCAGGAUGACAGACACGAAAAUCCUAGUGACAGAGACCCAAACCAGAGACAUAGUGACAGAUGAGACACGCCGAGAGCCAAGAGAAACCUGGAGAGACGGAGGAGCCCAGCCAGGUGGUCGGGACCUGAAGCCGCACGGAAAACGGCCGAUCGGAGCCCGAGCUCCGAGGCGGGGCCCCGCGAAGUCAGACCCAGACGGGAACUCGAGCCGAGAGGGAUGGAAAACGACGGCGCCCGGGACAGAGGGCCCAAAGGCCGGGAGAGACAAAGCCCGAGGCAGCGACGGCGACGGGAGGCGCAGCCCGUGCCACCGAGCCCGAGACGUCGGGCGGAGAGACGAAGAGAGGGCGCAGAAGAGACAGCGGGCGCCGGGCGGGGAGCCGCAGGCCCGGCGCCAGGCGCAGAGACCUCGGGCGGAGACCCCGCGGGCUCCCGGAGGCCGAGCCCAAGGCGGUGGAACGACCUCGGGCAGAGAGUCGAAGUCCCACGGAGGGAAGCGCGCAGAGCCCGGACCGGGAAGCAAGAAGGGGCGCGACGGCGGCCGCGGCCCGCGCGGCGCCCACCUGGCUGCUCCUGCGAGCAGCAGCGCCCGCGUCCCGCCCGCGCCGAGUCCCGCACCUCCCGGCCGCGCCGCCGCCGCCGCCGGCGAUGAGCCGCACCCGGGCGCAGCGCCGCCCGCCCGCGAUGACAGCCGCUCGGGCCGGGGGCGGGGAGGCGGGGGCGCGGGGCCUCGGCGCUCCCCCCACAGGCGCCUCCCCGCCCCCGCCGCCUCCAGGGCUGCUCCACCGCGCACCUGGGACCCGGGCCCCUCCGCCGCUAGUGCGCGCCGAGCGAACCAGCCGCCCCGGGCCCAAAGCCGGCCCCUCUAUAUCGGCGCGUGCUGUAUCCGGGGGCGGAGGCCAGGCCGGCGUCCUCCCCACCCCAGGCUUGGCCCGCGCCCUCCCCCGCCACCUAGCCGGGCUCGCGCCUUUACCCUAACCCUCUGGGCGCACCCCCCACCCCAAGCCCCAACCCGCCCCCACCGCGGAGCCCCAGCGGCUCCGCAUCAGGCAGGUGCUGGGCGCCUGGGAGCCUAG